GUUGGGCGCUCAACAAUCGGCGCAUUCGCUCUUAUUUUACCCGAUAAAUAUCACGAGAAAACACAAGUGCGAGCGCGUCACUGAGGCACGGCUGCACAGCGCCCGCCAGGUUGAGUCUACACCGUUCUCGUGUGCCUUUUAAGGGGCGGCCCGUCGCCUGAGAGGGAGGUUCCUCUGAACAGCGCAGCUCCGCUCAUUCUCGCUCCCCUCGCAGCAAAAGCAGAACGAUGGCAGAAGCCGCUCCCGCUCCAGCCGCCGCCGCGCCGGCCAAAGCCCUCAAGAAGAAGCGCGCCGCCCCGCCCAAGAAAGCCGGCCCCAGCGUCGGCGAACUCAUCGUCAAGGCUGUUUCGCAGUCUAAGGAGAGGAGCGGCGUAUCUCUCGCCGCCCUCAAGAAAGCUCUGGCUGCCGGCGGCUACGACGUGGACAAGAACAAGUCCCGCGUCAAGAUCGCCGUCAAGAGCCUCGUGACGAAGGGCACUCUGGUGCAGACCAAAGGCACCGGCGCCUCGGGUUCCUUCAAGCUUAACAAGAAACAAGCCGAGCCCAAGAAGAAGCCGGCAAAGAAAGCGGCGCCAAAAGCCAAGAAGGCGGCCGCCAAAAAGCCCGCCGCUGCUAAGAAGCCCAAGAAGGUAUCAGUGAAGAAGCCCGCGGCCGCUAAGAAAUCGCCGAAGAAAGCCAAGAAGCCGGCGGCCGCCAAGAAAGUCGCCAAGUCUCCCAAGAAAGCGAAGAAGCCCGCGGCACCGAAGAAGGCGGUCAAGAGCCCGAAGAAAGCGAAGGCGGUCAAACCCAAAGCUGCCAAGCCCAAGGCGGCGAAAAAGGCCCCCAAGAAGAAGUGAACUCGCCGUUUUACCUUCGUGUCCCGUAAUCCCCCCUCAAAAACGGCUCUUUUAAGAGCCGCCCACAUUUCCACUCAAGGAGCUCGGUUUUCUUUCGCCCUGCACAAAAUCAUUAUUUCUUAAUAAAAUAAUCCCACAGCGGGGAAAUUCUCCCUGUUACAGCAGCGAACGGGCAGCGAGGCACUCGAGUGAAAGAGAAUUAACAAGCGAGUAAUUCACUUGGAGUAUUUAAGGGUUUUUACUUGCUAAUGUGUAGACAAUAUAAUUUAUAUAUUUACUUUGUAACUAUUUUUUUUUCUGAAAUUCACAUGGAAUAUUGCACGAGGCACUGGUUUAUAUCACACAUGGGACGGUGAGGAGUUACUAUAUAAACUAUUUCAAUAGAAGCUCAAGAAUAUUUAACAUUUAGUCUAUAGAGGGAUUUUUAAAUAUUGUACACGGAGCGUUGAUUAUAUUGCACAGGGGAAAUGGUGAUAAAUUCACAGUGUUCUGUAAAUUGUGAUCAAUACUGAAACUACCAAGCUGCCAUUUGCAGUGACAUGGAUUAGGAUUAGAGCGGGAAUGAGGCGGGAAAACAAGUGUAUAAAUUUGCAUUCAUGUGAUUUUGUAUUGAUUAUGUAUUUGGAUUAUUUCAUAAAGUUUAUUUAAAAAGGAAAACAAGGACGUGUAUACGUUUUCUCUGUCUCUCGCGCACAGGCGGAAGCACAAAAGACAAAAACGGUGGGCGGUAGGCGGGUACUACAGUUUGACGGCGCUAAAACGAUUGGUUGUUGCAUUUCAGCCAAUAGAAACGCAGCUGCUUUAGCUAUAAGAAGCGCGCUUGGAGACUGGAAAACUUUAUUUCAGUUUAAUUCGACGAAAUUGAAAGAAGUCAAAGAUGAGUGGAAGAGGCAAGACAGUUCCC